AUGGCGCUCUCCGUCGUGCUCGCCGCCGUUGCUGUCGCGACUCCCAGAGCCGCGCUCCUCGACGCAACCGCUGCCUCCUUUGCCCGCACGCCCGCUGCGUCCUUUGCCCGCACGCCGGGCUCGAGCACGGCGCCGCUGGCCAGGUGCAGAGCCGCUGCUGCCGCUCCGCCGCGAGCGGCGGCGCGCAUGUCGGGAGAGCCGCCGGCGGUGGAGCGUGUGUUUGCGACGCUGCCGUACGUGCUUCCCUUCCUGGACGGGUUCCAGUACGGGCUGUACGUCUUCAACAACGUGCCCGGCGGCGUCAGCUUUGCGGAGGCGGUGCUGCCGCUCGUGGUCGCCUUCAACUCGCUGCCCUUCUCCGGCAUCAUCUUCUUCAUCGGGCUCUCCUUCUUCACGCGCCCCGACUCGGGCCUCUCGCGCUUCGUGCGCUUCAACAUCCAGCAGGCCCUCGUCCUCGACAUCCUGCUCAUCAUCCCGUCGCUCUUCUCGGGCGCCGCCGGGAUGGUCCCUUCUUCCGUCGCCAUCCUCGGCUCAAACUUUGUCUUUUACACGAUGGCGCUGGUCGUCACCUACGCGCUCUACUCGAACGCGCGCGGCGAACUGCCCGACCAGGUGCCUGUCAUCUCCGAGGCGGCGGGCUUGCAAAUCGGCCCGUUUUAA